AUUCAUCAUUCCCAAAAGUGCGACAGAGUGAACGGUCGAACGAAACGAACGGACUUCCAAUCUAAUCCAGCUAGCCAACUCUCGCUCGAGUGCUGCAGUCAUCAUCCUACAGAGUAGACAGUGGUGGAAGUGCGAUAAAAUAAAAAAAACGACGAAAUUAAAAUUGUGGGUGAUUUAGUGAAACGUCCCCCCUUUCAGCAAAAUCGGUUUUCUGCAAAUGUAAAAGCCCAAACAAGAGUGUAGAACAACAAGAUCACAAGAUUUCAUCGGGGAAGGAAAGAACAAACGGCAUUAGACGUGGCCAGAGUUGAAUCCCGGAUAGCACCGUGUAGCGGACAAGGAACAACGACGACAUUGGAAAAACAUAAUGUCACGCGUACAGGUGCUGUACGAUUUCUCGGCGGAACCGAACUCGGCGGAAAUCACCAUAACCGUCGGGGAAAUCCUAACCGUCACCAGUACCGAUGUCGGCGAGGGAUGGUGGGAGGGAACCAAUUCCCGCGGUCAACGUGGUUUGUUUCCGGCUGCGUACGUGGAAGUCCUGCCGAACAACCCGGGACCACCGAAAAUGCCCCCACCGCCCUUAAUCCAAGCCGCUAAGCAACAGCAGCAACCGCAACAACAGCCACAGCAGCCGGCUCAACAGCAAGGACAUCGAUACGAUCCGACGUCAGACGACUGGGGAGACCAACAGGACGACUGGGAGGACGAUUGGGACGACGAUAAUGAUACCUAUACGGAAAUUGGUCCUGCUAGUGGAGGCGCAACAACACCGGCGGCAACAACUGCUGUCCAUAAUCAGAACGGAAAUUUCCAAAGCAGUAGUUAUUAUGCAAAUGCCAACCUGCCGGCACCACCCGCUGGAGCUCAUCACAAUGAUGGGGAUGGAAUUUCGCUGGCCUCGACUGCAGUGGGAGGAACCAGGAGGACCACAUCGUCGGGUAAAAUAUUCUCAAAAACUGGUGACGCUUAUCUGAUGGGAUUGAACGUACCUGCUGUAUCAGAGAGUGACCGGGUGCAGAUCCUUCAAACGGAGAAUGGAAUUAUUUGGAAACCGCUCCGUGAUGGGUAUACGGUUAUCGUUGAUUCACCAAAGAAAGAGAAGAAAUUCAAUGGCCUUAAAAGUUUUAUAGCUUACCAACUGACGCCUUCAUUUAACAAUAUUCCCGUGUCUCGUCGGUACAAACACUUCGAUUGGCUCCACGAGCGAUUGGUGGACAAGUUCUGCUUGAUUCCGAUUCCACCAUUGCCAGACAAGCAGAUUUCCGGACGGUACGACGAAGAGUUCGUUGAGCAUCGUCGCGUUCAGCUGCAGGAGUUUGUCGAUUGGAUGUGCCGGCAUCCCGUGCUGUCCACUUGUGCCGUCUGGAUGCACUUUCUGACGUGUACUGAUGAUAAGAAAUGGAAAAUCGGCAAACGAACCGCCGAGAAGGAUCCCCUGGUGGGAACGACUUUCUGUGCAGCCAUAUUCCCACCGGACAAAACUCUUCUACACUCGCAGGUCGAACCACAGGUGGACGCAUGCACUCAGUUCGUACCUCAAAUGAACACUGCAGUGAAAAGCCUAUUCCAAAUAUGUAGCGAUGAAACCAAAAAGUUUCAAGGCCAAUGGAAACAGGACUACCAGCGCCUCGGCGAAGGCCUCUCUGAACUGGCUCGAUCCCUCGAAAUUGACGAACGACGCCAGGUUACUCAGAUAAGCUUAUCAAACUCGGUCGGACAUGCGGCCGGAAUCUUCAUCAGUAUUGGCCAGAUGUACGCCGACCAACCUAAGCACGAUUUCAUUCCAUUCUCGGAUCGCUUACACAUCUACCGGGGGUUGCUCAACACAUUCCCGGAUAGUCUGAACGAGUACCGGAGCGCAGUUCAGAAGCGCAAAGAAUGCGAAAAACUAACGGCCGAGCAGAAGAUGGAAAACAGCCAACUGGCGGAAGUGAACCGAAGGGUGGAUGUGAUGUCGUACGCGAUGCUUGCCGAGAUGGCGCACUUCCGCCAGGAACGGGACACUCACCUCAAGGAUACACUGCGGAACUUUAUCGGGGCACAGAUUGAGUUCUACCAGAACAUUGUACGUCGAUUGGAGCAGGCGCAAUCGCAUUUCUAAGUGAGUUGCUUCUAUAACAUUGCUAUUAUACUAGGUACAAGCUUCUAGUUAAGUGCACUAAAAUUAUGACUUAUGAUAUUGUGGAAUAUAAGAAGUGCAGAACUAUCAAACGGAUGAACUGUAAUUGCCUUAGACGAAAGAGAACGAGUCAUAUUCAUCUAUAUGUUUCGUUGUAUUUAUUUGCGUUAGGUUUAUUUGGCGAAUAACAGCAUCUUUUGGUAGCACACGGGAAUUGAUUCCGGGUGAGAUAUUCAUGGCUCAUACCUAAUACGUCACAUAUUUUUAAAUUUUCAAACAAUUCGUCGCCGAUGAAAUCCACUCUUUGCUUGUAUAUAUUUUUAUUAGUAAUGGCUAAGCUUCCUUUGGAUAUUCCUGGAAUAUACAUAUUUCGUAUGCAGUAAACGUACAAUAUGCACUAUG